GCGUAGUUUACUUGAAAAUCAGGGCCCAGACACACCACCCCCCGCGCAUGCGCCGGUCCGGUUGUGUGAAGACGACGAUGCUCAGGCCGCAGCCGCCAGCGGAACGAGGUGCAGCAAACGGGCCCAGCGCUAGUUGUGUCGUCAACGGCUUUGGCUUUGCACCCGCACCACACACACGCACGCACACACACACACUCUCUCUCUAUCUCUCUCUCUCUCUCUUAAACCCGCUGACAUGUGCGCCAAGUGCCCAACGCUAUGCAUCUCCUAGUUGGGUCUUGAUUGGUUCAGGCCGACACACGCAGGCACAACACAAAAAAAAAACUCAGGGUUUAGUCCUGCAGAGAAGAAGCAAGCCCAAGGACCGAAGCAACCGUUCGACCGUUCGACUACCAUGGCCAGAGAAAUCGAACAGAGAUUUGAGAGGUGGCAUGUGUGGGAGAGCUCCAGGUGGGAAUGGAGGGGUCGCUCGCCCAUGGUGGGGUUGCGGGAACGGCCCAAUGCCACAGUCCCAGGGGGCUGGCCAUUCCACUAAACCCCCUGGAAGGGACCCCACUACGUCAUGACGUCCUCCCCCCUGGGGCUGCUAGUAUCCAACUAGAGACGGGGGCACCGCCGACAACCACCGACGCUGCACGCUGCACGCUGCGGGCGGAAGUAUCACCGCUGGACGGUUGGGACGACUUCACGGCGUUCGAGGCUGGACCUGUUUUUUGGGGGGUUCUUUUUUUGUUUGUUCUUUGCAGUCUUAUCCCAUAUGCCCAGUACUGUAUAGGGAUGAAAGAAGUGUAGCCGAGGUUGCGUGCCACUGCUGCGUUUUUCCGUCCGCCUCCCUCGGUGACCGCCCUCCGCCGCCGAGUUAUACCCAUGCCCAUGAACCCAUGAAACUCCAAAAUA